AUGAAUGUGACGAUCCUGUGUGAGGAUGAGCAGCACGACUCUAGAGAGGGUGACGAUGUAUCGAUGCAGUGUCGUUUCGACUUGGAGCCAGUGGCUGGAGAGUCACUCACUUACUACUGGGUCAGGAGUACAUCCAGCGGUCAUGACAAUGUAGCCAUCGGUAACAUACCCCUGGAGACGAACUACCAGAUAAAUUACGCUCCAUCGGAAGGUAAGUUCGACUUGCUGGUGUCGAAUGUGACAUAUGAGCGUGACAAUGGUCGCUUCGAGUGUCGCGUUAAGGCUGGCGGGUCCGGACGGACUUUGCACUCCCAAGGACACAGCCUGGUUGUCCUCACACAGCCCCAGCCUCCAAUCCUUAGCCCUGGAGCUCAGGCCCAAGCGCAAGAAGGAAGGCAACUCAACCUUACUUGUUCAAGCACCGGGGGAUCGCCUAGCCCAUACAUAAAGUGGUAUCGAGAUGGUUCAAUCCAUCCGUUAGACGCUGAGCUCAUAGCUGGUAAGACUCGCUUCGAGCCGACGUUGUCAAUAUUAACGUUGGAACCAAAUAGAGAUGAUAAUGGAGCGACAUUCCGCUGUGUCGUGAGGAACCGAGCUAUGAAGGAAGGGAACCAGCUCGAGGCUACUGUGGAACUUAGCGUUAACUAUUUCCCCCGCGUUGAAGUCGGACCCGAAAAUCCUUUGCGAGUCGAGAUCGACGGGAACGCUAACAUGGUGUGCAAAGUUGACGCUAAACCUAAAGUGAACACGGUCAGGUGGACGCGAGAUGGGAAAUAUAUAUCAAACUCAUUCACACAUCUGAUACAAGGAGUGACUGUACAGGACGCGGGCAAAUAUAUCUGCAGCGCUGACAACGGGCUCGGCCAGCCCGGAGAAAAUGAAAUAUACUUGGACGUCCUGUAUCCACCCAGCGUCACAGUCGAUUCGAAAACAUACGAAGCCGAAGAAGGUGGCAACGUUGAAAUAAGAUGCGAAGUCUCCUCCAACCCCGACCCUAUAUCCAUAGAAUGGACCAAGGAAGGACGAACUGAUUUCAGACAGAAAGGGAAUACAUUGGUACUGACCCGAGUUGACGCGGACAUGGCCGGGACUUACGUGUGUCGGGCUGUGAAUAUCAUCGCUACCAGUAGUGGUAAUAAAGUGGAAAAAGCCGGUAUGGCGUCUGUGGCGGUGCUCGUGAGACAUAAGCCUGGACGAGCUUACAUAAGUCCCGAUCAUCCGAUAGCCCAAGAAGGUACCGGGGUCACAUUGACCUGCAGCGCCAAGCCUCCCGGCUGGCCUGUACCGCAAUAUCGUUGGUUCCGUGAAAUAGAAACGGUUGAUAUUAAACCUACGGUAUUAGCGACGGGGAACAAAUAUACAAUACCCAGCGCUCAUCUGGGCAGCGAAGGCGUGUAUCAUUGUCAAGCCACAAACGAACUCGGUCAUAGUGAGCUAGCCACGGUCAACUUGGAAGUGUACCAGCCGCCUAGAUUCCAGUCAAAACUUCAACCUCACAUGAUAAAAAACUCAGGCGAGAGGAACUUCUCCCUCACAUGCGUCGCUUUAGGCAAACCUCUCCCUAACGUCAAAUGGUACAAGGACAACUCGGAAAUCCGACCCGACGCCAACAUGUACGAAGUGAAGACGGAAAUUAAUAAAAGCAGCAACGCCGUCUACAAUAUACAGAGUGUUCUCAGAUUUCACGGCAGGGCGAGGCCCAGCGGCGACGACCUGCUGCCUGCUGAUAGAGGCGUUUAUUCUUGCUCCUUUGAAAACGAAGUCAAGAAAGUGGAAUCGUCGAUGCAACUCCGUAUUGAACAUGAGCCGUUAUCGAUCAAACAACAGCGGAAGGUGGCCUACGAUUUGAUGGAGAACGCGGAAAUAUCGUGUCGAGUGUUGGCCUACCCUAAGCCAGAGUUCCAAUGGUACUACAGCAUGAAUCCAUCCCCGCUACAGAUGUCCUCGGACGGCCAUUACGAGAUUAUUACCACGACCGACGAAAACGACGCGUACUUGAGCGUGCUCGUCAUAAGAAAUAUAAAGUCGCAGGACUACGGCGACUAUUACUGCAAUGUUAAGAACACACUGGGCAGCAUUCGGCCGCAGAUUAGGUUGCAGCCUAAGGGCGCGCCUGAACCUCCCAAGAACCUUUCUAGUCAGAAAGUUGACGCGACGUAUGUGACCUUGAAGUGGGAGGAAGGCUUCAACGGCGGGUUAUCAAGUACGAAAUACUUCGUACUAUAUCGACGAGUCAGAUCCAUCAGUGGCGAGCCGUGUACUGUGCAAGGAACCGACGAAUUCGACUGGAAGGAGUACGACUGCGGCCGAGCAAACCCAUGCAACGUCACUAGGCUGGAGCAACACAACUCAUACUACUUUAAGCGAGUGACGUAUGCAUUCAAGGUGAAGGCGGUCAAUACUAAAGGUCAGAGUAACUAUUCCAAUGAGAUUUCGGUGACAACGAGGGUUGAUAAGAUAUUACCGCCGGAACAGGUCUCCUAUGACCCUAGGUCUAGUGUCGUGGGCUUCAGAGUGGGGCCCACCUGCCUUCCGCUUAUGGGAGUCAUCGAAAAUUUGGUUGCCGAUGGAUGGAAGGUGAUAGAAACGAUGCCUCUCCGUCUGUCGGGAGUGGUUUCAUCGGAACAAGAUACCACUUUGGAUCAAGUGACCGUCGGCGGGCGAGCUGAGAGAAACAUUUACGACCCCAACAUACGACUUAGACUGAAACUGUGCUUACAGAACAACCAGAACGUGUGCAGCGAAUAUAUUGAAGCUAAGAUCGGUCCAUCCAUCACAAAGGAAGCGGUGGCCCUCACCACCGGCACUAUGAUAGCGCUGAUCAUAUCCUGCGUGCUCAUCGUGAUGGGUUUCAUACUAUUCGGCCUGUACUGCCGCUGUAAAUGUAAGGAGAAGAACAAGGGCUCGUCCAAGAACUACGUCGUAGAGGCGAAACGAUCGCCCGUCGACUCGCCUAGGAAUCAUCCUCCCCCUCCCUAUUACCCCACCACUGGAAUGGAGAAUAAGGCUCUAGAAAGUUCCAUGGACGUGCCCUCAAUCAUGGAAGACUCCAAGUAUUCCUCGCAGCCCUACGGCUACCACAUGCCCGCGCAGGACAUACCGCCCACCGACUGGAACAUUCAGUAUUUAGAGAAUAAUUACGCGAACAGCAACAACGGUGGUAGCGUCAACUCUCAAGACUCGCUGUGGCAGCUGAAAAUGGUCGCCGCUAACAAUUCGUCGGGCAUGUGUCACCCCAUCAUGACAUCCGACAGACAGAGCAACUACGGAUACGACCCCAUCAGACACGGCGGCUACGGCACUAUCGAUGACUACGCGCCCUAUCCGCCACUACCGCUGGCACCGCACGGACAACACGGCCAGCUCGGCCAGCAUGGCCAACAUGGCCAACAUGGCCAGAUGGCAUCUCACGGCCAACACGCGCCACUAGCACCGCAUUCGUCCCACGGCCCGGGUUCAGACUACGCUCGCAACUCCCAAAACCCUUCACGGCAAGACUACUGCUCGGAUCCGUACGCCUCCGUUCAUAAACCCAAGAAACGAAUGGACCAACAUAUCGAGUCCCCGUACCACGAGGUGAGCGGCCUGCCAGAGUUCCCCGACGCUGCGGACGACAAGCCGGCGUUGUCCCUUAGCUACGACGAGUCGCUAGAAUCCGGCUACUCCACCCCCAACUCGCGCGCGCGACGCGUUAUCAGAGAGAUCAUCGUGUAA